GCGUGGUAUUAAACUACCUGGAGACUCCUCGGGGUUCUUUGAAAAUAUACUGCCAGAAGAUAUGCAUACAUUCGAGACCGAGGAGUUCAACGAGUACUUCUCCGACGGAGUGCGCGACAUUCUGUCGAAUCUCCACCGCUGGUUUCCAAACCUGGACGCGCUCUCUGUCCAAUUCGACGCUCAAGAUUACUAGGACUUCUCAAUGGCGGCCUCAGAAGGCGGCUCUACCGCAUCAACAAGACCAGAAGACCCAUCCCGCGCUGAAAUCAAGGAGCAAUGGCACCCCUACGCAAACUGAUGGCCGAGACCUACACCGCGCUGGCCAGGAACCGCCAACACCACAUCCCGACUCUCAUCCUGCCCAGCAUAGUCGCCCGCAACGUGUCCACCUUCUCCCACUCCUCCUUCCACGCCUUCCUGCGCGCCUUCCGCGCCUUCAAACUCUCGCGAUGGGGCAGCUACCGCAGUUACACGGGCUACCACUCGUGCGACGGCUACUCCACCUUCGCGCAGAACCUGGCGCCCUUCUUCUUCGCCCACCUCACCACGACAACCAGACUUAGCAUCGCCGCCUCCCCCGACUCCCUCCCGUCCCCGUAG